ACCAGCAGAGAUGAAUAAGCUAUGGAUCAUUGCAAUCUUAACUACAGUGUCUUUACUGCAUAAGGGUCUCACCAGACUUUCUGCCAUUCCAACGUCCACUGAACUGAAUACCCCUAAGAAUGACAAAACCACUACCAUGACUAUACAGACAACUGUUAAUACUAAUUAUGCUACUACUAUCUUCAAUGCUACUCACCCCCUCAUCAGUGAUAAAGCCCUUGAAGGCACUCCCUUCCCUGGGGAUGUUACUACUAUUAACCCUCUAGAUGCUACUACAACUUACCCUCUAGAUGGUACUACAACUAACCUUCCAGAUUGUACUACAAUUAACCCUCCAGAUGGUACUACAACUAACCCUCCAGAUGGUACUACAACUAACCCUCCAGAUGCUACUACAACUAACCUUCCAGAUGUUACUACAACUAACCUUCCAGAUGGUCCUACAACUAACCUUCCAGAUGGUCCUACAACUAACCUUCCAGAUGCUACAACUAACACUCCAGAGGGUAAUACAACUAACCCUCCAGAUGCUACUACUACUGAACUUGCAGCUGGUAAUACUACUAAGCUUCCAAAUGAUAUUUCCACUGACCCACCAGCUCAUACUACCACAAAACUUCCAGAUGAGACUACAACUGAACCUCCAGCUGGUAAUACAACAAAUCCUCCAGAUACUACUACAACUAUCCCUCCAUAUGCUACUACAACUAACCCUUCAGAUGCUACUACAAUUUACACUCCAGAAGCUACUACAAUUUACACUCCAGAAGCUACUACAACUAACCUUACAGAUGGUACUACAACUAGCCCUCCAGAUGGUACUACAACAAACCCUCCAGAGGAUACUACAACUAACCCUCCAGAGGAUACUACAGCUAACCCUGCAGAGGAUACUACAGCUAACCCUCCAGAUCGUAUUACAACUAACCCUCCAGAUCAUACUACAACUAACCAUCCAGAUGGUACUACAACUAUCCCUCCAGAUGGUAAUACUACUAGUCCUGCAGAUGGUAGUACUACUCACCCCCCAGAUGGAACGACUACUUACCCACCGAAUGUCACUACUACUAAACCUCCAGUUGGUUCUACAGCUAACCCUCCAGAUGGUACUACUACUAACCAUCCAGCCAUUACCACUACUAUCCCUCCAGAUGGUAAUACUACUAGUCCUGCAGAUGGUAGUACUACUCACCCCCCAGAUGGAACGACUACUUACCCACCGAAUGUCACUACUACUAAACCUCCAGAGGGUACUACAACUAACCAUCCAGAUGGUACUACAACUAUCCCUCCAGAUGGUAAUACUACUAGACCUGCAGAUGGUAGUACUACUCACCCCCCAGAUGAAACGACUACUCACCCACCGAAGGUCACUACUACUAAACCUCCAGAGGGUACUACAACUAACCCUCCAGAGGGUACUACAACUAACCAUCCAGAUGGUACUACAACUAUCCCUCCAGAUGGUAAUACUACUAGUCCUGCAGAUGGUAGUACUACUCACCCCUCAGAUGGAACGACUACUUACCCACCGAAUGUCACUACUACUAAACCUCCAGAGGGUACUACAACUAACCAUCCAGAUGGUACUACAACUAACCAUCCAGAUGGUACUACAACUAUCCCUCCAGAUGGUAAUACUACUAGACCUGCAGAUGGUAGUACUACUCACCCCCCAGAUGAAACGACUACUCACCCACCGAAUGUCACUACUACUAAACCUCCAGAGGGUACUACAACUAACCCUCCAGAUCAUACUACAACUAACCAUCCAGAUGGUACUACAACUAUCCCUCCAGAUGGUAAUACUACUAGUCCUGCAGAUGGUAGUACUACUCACCCCCCAGAUGGAACGACUACUUACCCACCGAAUGUCACUACUACUAAACCUCCAGUUGGUUCUACAGCUAACCCUCCAGAUGGUACUACUACUAACCAUCCAGCCAUUACCACUACUAUCCCUCCAGAUGGUCAUACUACUAGUCCUGCAGAUGGUAGUACUACUCACCCCCCAGAUGGAACGACUACUUACCCACCGAAUGUCACUACUACUAAACCUCCAGUUGGUUCUACAGCUAACCCUCCAGAUGGUACUACAAUUUACACUCCAGAAGCUACUACAACUAACCUUACAGAUGGUACUACAACUAACCCUCCAGACGGUACUACAACUAACCUUCCAGACGGUACUACAACUAACCCUUCAGUUGGUUCUACAGCUAACCCUCCAGAUGGUACUACUACUAACCAUCCAGCCAUUACCACUACUAUCCCUCCAGAUGGUAAUACUACUAGUCCUGCAGAUGGUAGUACUACUCACCCCCCAGAUGGAACGACCACUUACCCACCGAAUGUCACUACUACUAAACCUCCAGUUGGUUCUACAGCUAACCCUCCAGAUGGUACUACAAUUUACACUCCAGAAGCUACUACAACUAACCUUACAGAUGGUACUACAACUAACCCUCCAGACGGUACUACAACUAACCUUCCAGACGGUACUACAACUAACCCUUCAGACGGUACUACAACUAACCCACCAGAUGGUACUACAACUAACCCACCAGAUGGUAACACAGGAUUUACCACUACCCCUUCAACGACUUCUACCUUUCUAACUACUGCUACUAGCAUUGAAUAUCCAAAUACUCAUCCAACUCCUAAUACUGCCUCUCCAAAUACUACUACAACUACUACUACAGCUACUACUACUGCUCUUCCCACCACCUCUUCCACCACAAUCCCUCCAUUGGUCUGUAUCAAUGGCGGUGAGCUGCAGAGUGGAGUCUGUAUCUGUCCUGAUGAAUGGACUGGGACGACCUGUUCAAAGGAGAACUUCUGCAAUUCAAUCAAGAUUGACAGAUUCUCCUUCCCAAAGACAACGAUUGGCUGGUUUGGUUAUUCAGCAGAGUUGUGUCUUGAGAAUACCAUUAAUGCAGGUUUAUCAAUAGCUUCAGCAAGAUGCUUGAAUUCCAGUGGCUCUCCGAGUUUUGGUGUUCCUCAAGAUUUAAAGUGUGAUUUGACCCUUAGUGAAAUUAAAGAAAACGUCACCAGCGGUUCAGAUAAUCUACUGAAUCUAGCCUCCAGUACUCAGAUUCUGACCUCCAAACCAGAGAAGCUAUCAGCUGACAACAUCAACACCGCAGCUGAGAUCACUAACAAACUGCUAAAUUUUACUCAAAGUAUCACCCAGGACAUCGCUGUGGCAGCAAUUACUACCAUCAGCCAGCUACUCAAUGCCAGUCAGACGAGUACACAGGCCAGCACCGCCGUUAAGAGCCUCACGAUUACUUUGGAGCAGUUCUCCCUGAAACAGCAAAGUAACGUUUCCUUGAUAGUCCAGCCUAACCUGGUAGUGCAGUCUGCCCAGGUACCACAGGACACCGCAGGGAUCAAGUUUACUGCUUUCACUGGAACAUCUGAUAAUUUUGUGGCCAACAGAAUUCAGCUCAACACUAAUUUCUCUGAAAGGAUAGUUGGCAACGCAGGUCCUACUGAUGUCCAGAUGGUUAUAAAAUUCACACCAGUAUUAAGUCGGGAAGAUGCAAACCACUCCGUUGGUUUUGUGCUAUACCAAAAUGAUCAUUUCUUCAAGUCCAGGGCAUUCCAAUCUUCUUUGGGGACUAGCAGAAGGAUCCUUUCUGCUAACUUUGGAAACAUGCCUGGACUGGAUGUUGAGAUGUCCUUCAAGCCUACUACGGUCCCCAAUGCCUCCUUCUAUGACUUUGCCUGUGUGUCGUGGAACUACACGCUGAACGACUGGAGCACAUAUGGCUGCUCCAAAGUCAACCACUCUAAAGACGGCCUGCAAUGUCUCUGUAACCACACCACAAACUUUGCUAUACUCAUGACGUUCAGGAGGGAUUUUCUGUAUUCUGAAUCACUAAACUGGAUCACCAAACUGGGAUGCUCAAUGUCUGUCAUAGGGUUGGGUUUAACAAUAAUAUUCCAGAUCGUAACCAGAAAAUUACGUAAAACCCUCCCGACACUCCUCUUAGUGAACCUCUGCACAUCGCUCCUGAUCUCCACCCUCCUCUUCAUGUUGGCAGUAGAAAACUCCAACCAACAGCUUGAGAAACCCAAAAUAAAGGAGAGCAACACUAUCCCCCCUUCAGACAUGCACACAGAGCCUGAUACAGGGCCCUGUACUGCAGUCACAGCCCUACUGCAGUUUUUCCUACUGGGGACGUUCACCUGGAGCACGCUGUACGCCACACAUAUCUUCCUCAUGGUCAGAAACGUCCUGGCCUUCACCCCGCAACACUUUACAGCCUACACCAUGGUCAUCGGAUGGGGACUACCUGCAAUUGUAGUUGCCCUCAGUUUAGGAAUCAGCUACAGACCGGAUAAUCCACUGGGUUACAGGCAAGAGGAAUUCUGCUGGCUUGCUGCCCUUGAUUUCUACAGAAACUUUGACUUCAAACAACCACUAUUUUGGGGGUUCUUGAUCCCUGUAGCAUGUAUGCUAAUCGUAAACACACUGAUGUUGAUGCAUUUUGCAGUUGCAACAAGCAAGACAGACCCAAAUUUAAACAGUACAAGACAUGAUUCAAUGACGAAAAAAAUCCUCCGUAGCUUUUCUCUGGCUGUGGUGCUUAGUCUCUCCUGGAUCCUGGGCUACCUUUUGCUCAUCACCCAUGACAAGACCACAUAUACUGUACUCAACAUCAUCUUCUGUAUUCUCACCACCACUCAGGGCUUGCAGAUUUUCAUUUUGUUCACAGCAAGAACUGCAAUUGUUAAGAGAAAGAUUUCAAGUGGUUUGAAAGCUGUGUCUAGUGUUGACAUCCCACUUCACAGCAAGAAGUACAUUCUAAGGCAGGGCAAGCAAAGUGAAGAAGUAGAAUCUUACACAGAGCUGGACAAUGGUCUGUCAACUGCAAUUUCAACUUCUUUGUCUUUGCGGACUUUAUCAAGAAGCUAACUAGUGGAUGUGCUACAAAUGUAACAUAUGUUGUAAAACAUGUUGUGUACCAUUGUAC